CGUCGUCGAUAACGGUUAUUCAAAAUCUCUGGACGGAGUGUGCGUCGUCGUCACCGGAGUAUACGGCGAAUCAAACGGCGGAGUCUAGCAGCAACAGAGCGGCGGUUCAGGCGCCUAAUGACGAUUCCUCCGCCAGAAAAUCGUACGCCAUCUCUCCCUCUAGCACUUUUUGCAUUUCUUCGUAUUCCCCAGGAAUUGGCGUUCUGCUUCGGUGUUGCCGUUUAGUUUUGAGUUUAUGGCUGUGGAUGCUCGAGCAUCGCCCAAGGUUUCUGGAAAUGUUAAUUAGCUGCUAUGAAAUUUGAAUGUCCUGCGUCAAAAAGAGAUAUACAUCAAAGACGACUACGCUCAACUUUUUGUUAGAAGAUCGCUUUCGCAGAUAAUCAAUCGGGGUAAGACUUUUUGUUGAUUGUUUUCCACCAUUUUUAAACAAGCUGACUCUGCGGCUUUGGAUUGUUGAGGUUACUAUCCCAUUGGCUGUUUUGCUCAAGCUUCUCUUCCAAUUUUUGGAACAGCUUAAACAAAGAAACAGAUAUUGUCCCUUCGAGCUGGCUUUGACACUACGUAUUUUCAGUUGCAGAUCCCUUCCUGCUUAACUCUCCAUGUGUCCUGCUUUCUCUGUUAUUUAGCUUUUUUUGGUUCUUCGGUUGCUUUCUUUGUUGUCUCAACAUUUGGUCACUGCUAAUCCACUAAUUCUAGACGUUCAUUGGUUCUUCUUUGAUGGAAUUGCUCCUGUUCCGUUUGUUUCAUUUGCAGGAUGGGAUGCACCCCGUUUCCCUGCCGUGAUAGUAAGUUGAAAGAACUAGUCAUCAGGAUAUUUAACCAAAACUCAAUUUAUUUUCUUCUCCAGGCCAGGUAACAAGUAAGAAGGCUGCUGUUAUAGAAAACUCCAAUCUAUUAGGGGACAUAAUUGGGGCAAAUGCAACUAUCUUUUAAUGGUCGCAUGGAGACUAGCACAAACUCUUUGCACGAUAAUCCUCUUUCAAUUCUCGUGAUCCUCUUUUUCAAUAUCUUUUCUCUUGUUCACAUGAACGUUUAUAGAAAACCAAGGUUGCUCGUAUAUACUCCAAAUGCGAGGGUUAUGUAUUGGCAGGAUAGAGCGAUUGGAGUUGUUUUUGAUGAUUUGAAGAGAGAAAUGUGAUGCAGGAACAAUAGGGCGUAACAUAUGGUGUCAAUGAUGCAAUGAUGAAGACGACGAGGCCAGAUCCUUUCGAAAAGCAGAGGCAGGAGCACGUGGGGAAAGAGAAAGCAGACCAUGUCACAAAUCUGGAGGAGAGGGUGAUCGCCAUUCAGGAGUACUUUGAGAAGGCUGCCUCGGUGGGGGACCAGGUCUCUGUCAUGCUCGAGAUCGACCGAGCACAGCUCAAGAAGACGGUGUAUCACUCGAGCAGUGUAUCAAGCAACCUGAGCUCUAGCUGGACCUUGAAGCCGCCAUUGGCCGUGAAGUACAAACUCGACACAUCUACACUUGACGAAGGAGGCAUUCCCAAGAGCCUCUCUUCCAUUCUCGACCGCCUCUUGGCUUGGGAGAAGAAGCUCUUCCAGGACGUCAAGGCGAGAGAAGGAGUGAAGAUGAAGGACAGGAGAAAGCUGUGUGCAUUGCGGAGUCAGGAAUACAAAGGAGAGCAGGAUUCGAAGCUCGACAAGACCAAAGCUUCUAUUACCAGACUGCAGUUGCUGAUCAUUGUCACUUCCCAGGCUGUCUCAACCACAUCUUCCGCCAUUCUCUGUCUCCGUGACACCCACCUUCUUCCACAACUCGUCCAACUCUCUCAGGGGCUCAUGUACAUGUGGAAGUCGAUGCAUGAGUUUCACGAGAUCCAGAACAACAUCGUGCAACAAGUCCAGGGCCUUGUCAACCAAGCAGACAACAAAAGUGACUCAACAUCUGAACUGCACCGCCAAGCGACUCGUGAUCUUGAGUCAGCUGUCUCCUUGUGGCACUCCAGCUUCUGUCGCCUCAUAAAAUUCCAAAGUGACUUCAUAUGUGCACUCCAUGGCUGGUUCAAACUCACCCUUUCACUUGUCAAUGAAAACGCAAACGCAGACCCCCACCCUGAGCAAUCAGAUGCAUAUGUGUUCUGCGAUGAGUAGAAGCUCAGCCUUGAACGUGUUCCGGGCACAGUAGCCUCAGAGGCCAUCAAGAGCUUCCUGAAAGUUGUCCAUGUCAUAUCUAUAAAACAAACCGAGGAGCUGAAGAUGAAGAAACACUCUGAGGCAGCAUCAAAACAGCUCGAGAAGAAGGCUUCCGCUAUUAGGAACAUAGAGAGAAAGUACUACCAAUCAUACUCCACGGUCGGGAUCAAUCUUCAUGGUGCAGGGCCUGAGAAUGGACAAGCUUGAGAUGCACAUGAUCUGCUCUCAGAAACGAAGUCUGAGUUGGACGUGUAUCAGAGGCGCUUGGAGGAAGAGAUGCUGAGGCACACCAAGGCAGUGGAGGUGACUAGAGCGAUGACACUGAACAACCUCCAGACAGGGUUGCCAAAUGUGUUCCAAGCUUUGACAAGCUUCUCUUACCUGUUCACCAAGUCUCUUGAAGCCGUAUGCUCCCGCUCCGACGCUACCAAGUAGAUUGUUUGUUUUGGGGGUCCAGUGCAUAUUUCUUCUCUCUGCUAGCGUGACUCUGUGAUCCAAUUUUUUUUUUUUUUUUUUUUUUUUUAUGUUCUUACUGUAAAUAACUCUGAUUGUGUUCAGCUUUCCACGAUUUGUUAGUUUCACGGUGAAUCGAGUUUUUUCUUUUCUGGUGGUUUCGUACAUGGAUUGCCAUUUUCGGUCAAAUGGCUAUAGAGCAUAUAUUCUUCA